AUGUUCCUCAGCUCCGGCAUUUUCGUCAUCUCCGCAUCCAUCAUCCGCACCGCCCUCACCCUCGGAUCCGAACCGUCCACCAUAACCGUCAACCGCUGGGGCAUCCGCGAGACGGUCGUUGGAGUAGCGACCGUGAACCUCCCCAUCCUCCGCCCGCUCUUCACCAAGAGAUUCUGGACCACAGGAAUGAACGGCAGCUCUAGCGCGAAUAAUUACUACGAGUACCACGCCAGCUCGGGGGCUUAUAAUCUGACAUCGCGGUCCAGAAAAGGACAAAGGAAUGACAGCACGACGGGGAUCAAUACAAGAAGUCAGGAUGGAAAGGAAGACACGGGCGGAGUGUUCGUCAGCACGAGUUAUAAUGUGCAGGUCGAGAGUCGCGAUACGCCUGAGGGAGAGCCCGUAGAUGGACAGAGACUGGGGCUGAAUCCGAGCAGUGUGUGGGAGAUUGAUAAGAAGUCGAUGGUGUAG